CAGAAGUUUCAACGUCGUCUUCGCAUUGCCAGUAUCAUGUGCGAUUUUUGCAAAUCAUCAGGCGACGGAGAUGGCAUAUUUUUUUGGUCCUAUAUCCUCUGCUCCUUAGGCUUCCUAACUCAGACAGGCAUGUCCGACAAGGAGACUAUUCGCGACCAAGAAGGCAGUGGUUCCAUAAGAGUCAUACUUGCCCGAAGUUCUCGCCACCCAACUUUUCGAAUUCUGUUUCGAUACGUUGACAACAUCCCUUCACUAUAUCCUGAUCUUUUCCAGAAAUGUGGGAGGAAGCCCAUGAAAAGAGUUCCGGCG